UCAGCGCCUCAGAGAAGACUCAGAGCGGAGAGUCUGGCGGUGGUUAUGUGAGCUCUGACACACCGAGUCACUCCUGAGAAGACUAAGCAAUCAUAAAAGAGACUUUCCCGUCAUGUCGAGGAGGACCCCGGAUCCUCAGGUGAGCGAGGACGCGGACAUUGAGCGCCUGCUGGCCACCCUCUCACCCGACGAGGUGGAGGAGUUGGAGCGGGAGAUGCUUCUCAUAGACCCAGACCCAAACGUGCCGGUGGGUCUCAGGCAGAAGAACCAGACGGAGAAGCAGCCCACCAGGGGUUAUGACCGAGAGGCCAUGCUGGACUACUGCGAGCGGGAGACGAAGAAGCUCAUCGAGAGGGAACUGUCGUUUGAGGGGGAGUCGAAGGGUGAAGGCCGCAGACGGAACCGGCUCAGAAGGAUGAGGAGCAGAGAGCAGCGAAGCUUCUCCAGGUCGCGAAGCCGCGAGGCAUCAGACUUGGAUGAGGCAGUGAAUGGAAAGGAAAAGAGUCAAGAAGAAAAACCCGUGGACAAAAAUUUCAAGCCUGAAGAGAAGAUAAGAGAAGAUGGCUUCAAAGAGUCUAACAAAAAUGCAGAAUUUCUUGAAAAGGAGAAAGAAAAAGAGAAGAUGGAUGAAGGGAAGAUAAAAAGAGAAGCAGAAAAUGAAAAAGAAAAACAAAAGGAAGCCUCUAAGAAAGAGCGAAGUAGCAGCAAGACUUUGGACCUAAUCUCCAAGCUACAAGAGAAAAAAGAAGAUAGCAGAGAGAAGGAGAAAAAGGACGAGAGCAAGAGGGGAGAAAACUCAAGAACCAAGGGUUUAAUAUCCAAGCUACAGGGGAAUCAAGAAGCAGAAGCCAGAGGGACGAAAGAAAAAGAGAAGGAUGUGGAGAAAAGAGGAGAGAGUAGAACAAAAGGCCUAGUAUCCAAGCUGGAGGAGCCAAAGAGCCAAACAGAAGCCAGCAGAGUGGGAGAAAGGAGGAGCAGGCAGAAAGACAUGGAAAACCGUGUGGUGGAAGAAAAGAAGGAAAGGGAACAGGAGAAGAACAAUGAGAAAAGGAGACUGUUUUCUCAGAGAGAUACAACCAAAACAGGGAUAGAGAAGGAGAGAGAGAAAGAGCAUGAGAAGUUGGAAGGGAGAGAGAAAGAGCGAGACAGAUGGAAGGAGAGAAAGAAAGAGCCGGAGAGAGAGAAAGAGACAGCGAAAGAGCGAGAGCGAGGGAAAGAUAAGGAUAAAGAAGUAUUGAGAAAAGCUGAAACUCACUACAGAGGGAAAGAGACAGCGAAAGAGCGAGGGAAAGAUAAGGAUAAAGAAGUAGUGAAAGAAGCUGAAACUCAAUACAGAGAGAAAGAGACAGUGAAAGAGCGAGAGCGAGGGAAAGAUAAGGAUAAAGAAGUAGUGAGAAAAGCUGAAACUCAAUACAGAGAGAACUGUGCUAGUGGAGACGACCAGUCUAUGAAAACUGAGGAUGAUGAUGAGGAUGACGACGAAGAGGAUUAUUUGGACAGCGAUACUGGUUCCAGUAUGUUUGAUGACCUCUUGGAGCAGGUCCGCAGUGAUGACCCUGAGCUCACUGAACUCAACAUCAACAACUCAGAUGUUAUUAAAACAGACACACUGAUCCAGUUUGCUGAGGGACUUCGCAGCAACACUCAUAUUAAAACGUUCGCACUCGCUAACACAAGAGCAGACGAUCAUGUAGCCUUUGCCAUUGCCAGUACCUUACGAAACAACUCUACGUUGACUGAAAUCAAUCUGGAUUCCAACCAUCUCACCGGCAAAGGCAUUCUAGCUAUCAUCGAGUCUGUGCAGCACAACACUACACUCACACAGCUUCGCUUUCACAACCAGAGACACAUCUGUGGAGGGAAGACAGAGAUGGAGAUGGCUAAGAUUCUACGGGAAAAUACUUCAUUACUCAAGCUGGGGUAUCACUUUGAGCUAGCUGGGCCGAGGAUGACCAUGACCAACAUCCUGAGUCGUAAUAUGGACCGACAGCGUCAGAAACGUUUAGAAGCACAACGACUCGCCAAACAGGAAACUGAAUCUAAGCCAGCUCCACCUAGUGGAGAGAAAAAGAAGGAGGUUUUACUUGAAACACCCAAGCUUAAAGGAAUACCGAAGCCCAACCAUGUUGAGAAGAAGGAAUCCAUAUUAGCAAAAGUUUCCAAAUUUAACAAUCCUGCCACAGCCCCCACAGCCAAGCCCUCACCUAGCCCCCUGUCCUCUAAUACUCCAGGUAAGAAAGGUAGAAUCACAAAGGAGCCAAGCCCAGGACUUCCACCUCCCCCUGCUCCCCCUGCUCCCCCUGCACCCCCUUGCUCCAGCACUGGAUGUUCAGGCCCUGCGGAGGUCGCUGACCCCUGUCUCAAAUCGCAAACAAGACAGCAGCAGAGUCUCAGGCCGUGGAACAGAGAAAAGCUCCAGAGAUCAGCUGCUGGACUCCAUCAGGAACAGCAGCAUGAAUACACUCAAAAAGGUCGAGAUUCCAAAGCGUCUGAGGUAGCAGCUGGCAGGAAAAAGAAGAGGAUUGAGACAGCUCUAAUGGAAGUCUUAUGGAAAGCCAACAACGCAUUUGACUUUUGGAGGCCGACAGCAGUCCUGUCAAAGAGCUUUUGUGCAUCAGGGUGAUGCUCAUAGACUGCUGUACACUAAUCAGUUGAAUCCUGAAUGCUCUGACAGACGACUCUGUGCACUUCAAAGAUAAUUUUACAGCUCAUUCAGGGGUGUGCCUCUUCAGGACCUUCUGAAUGACGAACUUUUUUGGAAGUUUUCUCAAGUUAAAAAAAAUAAUGAAGAAUUCUUUUGAAGGAAGGAAUGUGUAGUGUAUAGGCUUUAUACUCAGCACACAUUGCCUGUAAAUCAUGUUUUGAUUUGUUGUAUUUGUGCAUUGUGUGAAUUUUAUGGAACUGUGCACUUGACAGAUCACAAAGUUUGUUUGAAUAUUUAUUUAUGUCUUAAUAUGAAAAAGAAAAUUUUCUGAAAAGAGAAAAGAAGCAGCCAUUAUGGGACUGAAUUCAUAUAUUUCUGAGCAAGAACAGAAGCAGCAUUAAAACAAUAAUACUGACAUUUUAAUACUACACAGCUUUCAUACCACUGACACCAUAGCAACCCCACUUUCCGUGCUUCUGUUUGUUACAGUGCUGUCCCACAACAAAGAUAUAUGCAGCUAAAAAUAAUCAAAGUGCCUUACAAAUUAUAAAAUAAUUCAUAUAUCUUCAUCACCAUUCUUGUUUACAGUAUUUGCAGUAAUAACAUCAUAUUUUGGUUCAUUUUAAUUAUGCCUUAUGCAUCAAAGUGUCAAAAUACUCUAACUUUAUGACACUUGUAAUACAUAUAUGGCACUGUGCAGGAUACUGUUCAACCUAACGUUUUCAUCCUUCUCUACUUUUUGCUUCCAUUUUUUAUGACAAUGAGUUUUGGCCAAAACAUGAGAUUCCGUCAAAAAGUGAGACUAUACUAAAAAACAAGUCUUAUCCAAAACUGAGCAUGAAGCUACUACAUAUAAUCCUGACAGAUAUACUAUCUUUGCAAAAUUGCACAGUUUACGUGAUUUACUUAGCACUUAAAAAGAUGUGGUACCACCUGCAAUGCAGAAGGGAUUAAAAAACCAUCACGCAUCUUUUUGACAAAUUGGGCAGCAUUAAGAGCUGAAAUGAUUAAAUUAUAUAUUUGCUCUUAUCACAGGAUCACGUAUCACAUUCAUUGCUAUUAGCACUGUAUACUUCAGACAGUUUCCCUACUCCAACACCUCUAAUUUACAUCAGGAAUGGACUUACGUGAUGAGCUAAUGAGAUUUUUUAGAGCAGAAAUAAAAGAGGAUUGUUAGUGUUAUUGUCAUUAUUACACAAUAUGCUGAGGAAGCAUUCACUUCCUUUGUAAAAUACAAAUAGAAAUGGACAUAUGUACAAAUAAAGCAAUAAAAUUUGAAUAAUGAAUUCCACGCUGGUCUAGUGCUGGUCUGAUGCAGGUUUAGCUGGUCAACCAGUAUAGUUAUGCUGGUUGACCAGCAUACCAGCAUCCAAAACAAAACAUUGGCUGGUUUUGCAGGUGACCAACCGUGCUGGUCUAUGCUGGGUUUUCUAGCAGGGCAGUUAACGUACAGUUAGACCCGGAGUGUUAUUUGUCUCGGGAAGUCAAAGUGUAAUAGUUGUGGUUAGCUAACUUCUUAGCUGUGGCAAAACAUAAAGAGUUGACAUGCUUCCAGAAACAUACAGUCAAUUUAGGCCCAAUCCCAUUUCUUCUUUUUACCUAUACCCUUUGUUCUCGAGUGUCACCCUAGUUGUUGAAAUCUUGCCCUACGAAAUGGGACAACCCUCAAAUUAAAAUAAAAAAAAA